GUUCUAAUAUCAACGAAAUGGCAGAGCGAUAUUGACGAGCGUAUAUCCUAACAUCCUAUGAUUUCGCAUUUUUUACAACAGGUGCAAUUCGCGUGCUUUGCAGUCGGUCGCAUGCGUUGCACAUGUGCCAUUAAUGUCAUAGUUGUUCGGACGGAAAAAUACAUCCGGAUCAUGCUAGAGCACUUUAUGAGAGAAUACAAUAUCAACCGGGUAUUUUUGUCGCGCGUAGGUCUUUGGCCGUUUCAAAGUAAACGCGCGAGAACUCUGCUGCCGACUUUGUGCCUCUUGCUCGAGAUAAGUUUCUGUCGGUCUGAGGUAAUAAUAGACGUUGGUCGGUACAUUUUAAUUCGAAGAUAAUUAACUGUGUCUCGAAGAGUUAGUGUGUUUAAUGAGAAAAAAAAGAUAGUAAAGAAAAAAAAAGAUAGGAGUAGCAAGAGUUUAGUUGAUUCAACAAGUGUGACAUCCUUGUAUUCAGAGUGGUUCAUUUUAAUUUAUCCACUGAAAUAUCUCAAAACCCAUAUUAAUAUUAUACGGUCAUAUGGACGAUGCGCAAAUGAUUUUUGAAAGUUGUUAUCAAUUCACUCUGACGAUCGCUUUUAUCACAAGAAUACUGAGCCAACUUUGGAACCAUGACAAGUUGUUGCGGUUGUAUGAAGCUAUCGACCACCACUGGAACAUAUUUACCAGCGAUAUAGAGGUUCGCAUUUUGAAAGAUUAUUCUCUGAUGUCGCGAAAGUUUACGAUAGUUUAUUCGACGUUAAUGUACUCGAUGUCGUCGUUUUUCAUUAUAAUCCCGUUAACACCGGCGUUCUUGGAUAUCAUACUACCGCUUAAUGAAUCCCGUCCGCGAAUCUUCGUGGUUGAAGUUGAAUUCGGUGUUGACAAAAAUCAGUAUUUUGUACCAAUUUUCAUUUAUAUUACCGCUGUAAUUAUUGUAGGUGUAAGCAUUAUGGUGGGUGUCGAUACCAUGCAUAUCAUGUGCACCGCUCACGCUUGCAGUUUAUUUUCGGUGGUUGGGCAACAGAUUGAAAACAUACUCAAAAUGGAUGACAGCAAGGGAAUCGACAAAUGUGGUUUGAAUACAAAAGUGGAAUCGUCGAGAGAGGAAAUGUUGUAUCGGAAAUACAUCGUGUGUUUGAAGAAACAUCAGCUCGCUAUUGAGUAA